AUGGAGGACGCCGUAUCGAUCCGACCCGAUUUUGUCGAGGGAAGCUCGGCGGUUGCUGGGAAGUUUCACUUCUUUGGAGUCUUUGAUGGCCAUGGAUGCUCUCAUUCAUUGGAAGCACUACCACUCUGUAAUCCUCAAUAUUGUUCUCCUCAUAAAUCCUGCAGUACAAUGGGUGGCCUGAAGAAGGGCGCAUGGACACCAGAAGAGGACUUGAGACUCGUCACGUACAUACAUAAAUACGGACAUGGAAACUGGCGAAAUCUUCCCAAAUAUGCAGGGUUAGCACGUUGUGGGAAGAGUUGUCGCUUGAGAUGGAUAAAUUAUCUUCGCCCUGGCUUGAAACGCGGCAACAUAAGCAAAGAGGAAGAGGAGAUGAUUAUAAGGCUACAUGGACUGCUCGGAAACAAGUGGUCUAAGAUUGCAGCUUGCCUCCCUGGAAGAACCGAUAAUGAGAUAAAAAACGUGUGGAACUCCCACUUGAAGAAGCGAUUUAAGUCCAAAGGAUCCAAACCCUCAUGCAAAAAACCUAAAAAAGUAUCAAAUUCAUCCAAAUCAGUGUGUGAUCAAGGUAACACUUCUAGUGAAAACAGCAAGAUGGUCUUAAUUGAUUUCGAAGAAUGCCUGAUGUUGAAAGAACAAGACCCAGAAUACACGAACACUAGUUCUACUGCUUCCUCACAAACGGAUAGCAAUCCAAAAAUCUCAUCACCAUCCUUUUCAUGCAGUAAGAAAUUUGACGAAGAGAACAAAUUCUGGAUUGAGUUAGAAGAAUGCUUGACACUUCCAGAUUUGUUCGAUAUUUCAGAAUUUGAUUUUAAAAUCUCAUCUAGCAGUUUAGAGAACGAGCUUGAGUUGUGCUAGGAGAGCAUCUUGAUCUGGCCACUUAAAAACUCUUUU